AUGGCGGACGUUGAUUCCGUCAGAGCCAUCGCCCCAGAGGCCUUCCAGUCACCUCAGGCAUUCCACUCUCACAACGACACGCCGUCGAGCCGAUCCGUCCAGGUCCGUCCACUCCAAUACGAUGCCCAUGCGACGGCGUCGGUGGCCUCUCGCCCUGCGUUAGAUUCUCCCGCCUUCGAUUCACCGUCCGGCGUUCCGAUCCCUCUCCCUCGCGUCCGGCCACCCGCGUCCGCGCCAGCAGACACUUUUACACCCGCCGGCCUUCAACAAGACCUAAACGAGAUGGCUACAAUCGAGGCUAGCGACCUCGCCGCCAAUCGAAGUUCGAUACAAACCAUCACAAAAGGCAGCAUCCGAUCGCGCUAUUCCAUCGUUCGCCGAAUCGGACGCGGCCGGUUCGGCUCCGUCUACGAGGCCGUAGAUCGCGCCACGAGCACCCGCGUCGCCAUUAAGAGCAUCCCUAAAGCGCGCCAGAGCGCCCUUCCGUCGCUAAUUCGAACUAAGGUGACCGAGGCUGACGUGGCUCGGCAGCAGUGGCUGGUCGAAUCGGAGGCUGAAAUUAGCCUCAUGCUCGGAUCGGCUACCGCCGGUCAGGCUGACGAGCCGGAUCGGGCUGUAUCGACAGGUCCAGUCGUUGUAGCUGAACCGGCUGUAGCCGAAAUAUCUGUGGCCGAAGGCGCUGUAGAUGCUGGAUCCGCUCGAGCGGCGGAUGCACUAGCAGCGGGGCAGGGUAACGUGGGACAGGGGAACGUGGUGCAGGUGCUAUCUGUGGUGGAGGGCCGGCAGCACUUCCACAUCGUCAUGCAUCUCUGCCGCGGCGGCUCGCUCGCCGAAUUCCUCGAGAAACGGCGCCGCGGGCAAGUCGCCACCUUGGCCGCCGCCGCCAACGCUAUCUCUCCCGCUGCUGCUUCUCACGCUAUCCCGUGCCCCGUGCACUGCCAAGGUGCUCGAUUCUCCGCGCGUGUCGCUGCCGAGGGGGAUCGCUCCGCAGGCUCCGGAAACACCUCGCCGUCACCGCCGGCGACGGGAGUGGCGUCAGAUGCGGAGAACAAUCCUCACAGAUGGUAUCAGGCGGCGACGUGGGAAUCGAACUCGGAGGAAGAGAGCGGAGAGAACGAGGGGUUGGAGGAGCUGGGGGGGACUAAUUCAGCAGGUCGCGAUUGGCGGCAUAGGAUGCGGGUCGAAGAACGAAUUGGGGAGAGCGGAAGAGAGAGUGAACGGGUCGUGGACGAUGUGACGGAGCAGGAGGAAGAAGACUCCGUGGCGUCGCAGCUGAAAGCUGAUUGGGUGCCGCGAAAGGCGCUGACGGGAAAGGGAAUGGAGAAGUCCGCGUCGACGGGGGAGCUAGCGCAACUCGCGGAGGCAGCAGCGGCUGCUGCGGCGUCGUUCGCGGGGCGAACAAGCGCCGGGCACGCUGCGGCCACUGGGGAUGCAGGAUUGUCCACUUCAGCAGGAGCUGGGUCAGCAGGAACGGAAGGGCUUGCGAGCACGUCAAUGAAGCCAAGCAGUGAGUUCCUGCGCAAGAGCCCCUCCUUCUCCACCCUCUCCACCGCUGCUGGUGCGCAUGCUGCCGAUAGUGAGGCUGCUGGGGCGAGGGUUAGGCCCGUGGUGUCAGAGUCAGGGCGCUACCAGGCAGCCAGUGUGGGUGCUGCUGCUGGCCAUCCACUUCACGCUGGAGUGCAUAGCAGAGUGCAUGGCAGUGCGCAUGGCAGGGCACAUGGGCACAGGCGGUCUGCCUCUCUCGCCAGCUGGCUGGGGCGAACAAGCCUCCGGAAAAAGCAGCAGCAGCAGCAGCAGCAGCAUCAGCAGCUGAUGCAGCAACUGGAGGAUGGGAUGCAGUGUCUCAAGGCUGGCCACGCUGAGCUCCCUAUUUGUGCUGAUGCUGUUGCUGCCGCACUCCCUGUGUGCACCUGCACAUGCCAGCAGCAGCAGCGCUCGCACAAUUCCCCUCUUCCUGCUCUCAAUCAGGUGCAAGGGCUGAGAUUGGCCGACUUUGGCCUGGCAGAGAAGCUUCAGCCAGGGCAGGCAGCCACACGAGGUCUUGUUGGCAGCCCUGCCUACGUGGCACCUGAGGUGGCGGCCGGGCUCCCUGUCAGCUUCCCUGCAGACGUCUGGGGCAUCGGCAUUUGUCUGUACAUGGUGCUGUCGGGCGGCCAGCUGCCGUUUUCUGGGCGGCGCACCCGCCUGCUGUUGUUGAAUAUUCGGCGGGCACAGCUUCCUAUGGGGACAGCGGCGUGGGUGAGCGUGUCGGGAGAGGCGAAGGAUGUGGUGAGGAGAUUGCUGGCUGCAGAUCCUAAGCACCGGCCGAGUGCGGAGGAGGUAUUGCGGAUGCCAUGGGUGGUGAAUGGCAGACAGCAGUGGCUGCAACGCCAGAGAGGUCUUGUGGCUUAA